UUGCGAGUUGCGUCAAAGAUAAUCCUAUGUUGUAUGUUUACAUUCUGCUGCGGAGAGUACUGUCAAUCGAUUAUGCCGACACAAAUGAUCUGAAGGUAUAAUCUCACAAUGCUUCUUCAUUGGGAGGAAGGCACAAAUGACAGUGAGACAGAAGGCCAGGAAAAUGGUGAUGGAGAAACAACAGGAACUGGAAACACUUCAGAGGAGGCAGAUAACACAUCUCAAGCUGGAACAGGGAGUACUUCUGCACCAGUGGCAGCAACAGCAGCAACAACUGUGUUGACUGCAGGAUCUACUAGCCAGGCAGGAUCUGGUUCAGCAGGCAGUGCUGUGUCUGUUUCCAAUGAUGGAGAUGUUGCUACAGUACCAGUAACAGUUGGACAGGAUUCUAACAGGAGUUCUGAAGCACCUACUGCAGAUGUCAGUGAAAGCCACUCAAUUGGGGAGAGUGGUGGAACAGUCCACCAGUGUACUGCUGGCAGUGAUAUAUUGUGGGCCCCUGUUGGUGACUCACCAGGGGCUCAUCCAAAUGUGUCAGUUCAUGCUUCCUCAGCAGCAACGUCAGGAGAGAGCAACAAAUCAAUAACAUCAUUAACAGUAACAACAAUCACAACUACUUCAUUAUCAUCAAAUGCAACAGUAGCUGCAGCAGCAUCAGUAACAUCAGGUUGUUCAGUUUUGCCGUGGGGAGCACACAAAGAGCGCUCUCCAUAUCCUCCUUGUGUCAACAUUGACAUGGAUAUCCGACCAGGAGAGUUUGUGAUGCGAACUAUCUUUGCUGAGUUUACUGUGCAGGCAGAGAGAAAGAUGGAAGCAGUCAUGGCGGAGCCACCGGAGCGCCCACUGUCAAAAGUUCUACAGAGAGGUGAAGAUGCACAGUUUGAUCAACUUUUAACUGCUUUUGGAUCUGUUGCUGAGCAUUGCUUACCAUCUAUUUUGAGAGCACUUUUUGCUUGGUAUGAAAGACAGGUUAUCGAUGCUGGAGGAACAGAACAGAGGAAGACAGAUUUAAAAGGAAAAAGCACUGAAACUACAGAACGAAGUGAAGCUGACAUACUACAGGAGCGUCGAGAUUUGGCAGUAGAGUUCAUAUUCUGUUUGGUGUUGAUAGAAGUAUUGAAACAGUUGCCAUUUCAUCCAGGUCAAGAUGAUCUUGUGGGUUACAUUGAAAAUCUUGCUUUCAAACACUUCAAGUACAGAGAAGGUAUACAGACAGGUCCAAAUGCUGCAAAUAUCCACAUAAUAGCAGAUCUCUAUGCUGAAGUAAUAGGAGCCUUGGCACAGUCUAGGUUUAUGUCAGUGAGGAAGAGAUUCAUGGCUGAAUUGAAGGAACUGAAGAGCAAAGAACCAAACCCAAAUACUGCUCAGAGCAUUAUCUCUCUUCUGAUGGGCAUGAAGUUCUUCAGAGUAAAGAUGGUACCAAUAGAAGAAUUUGAAGCUUCAUUCCAGUUCAUGCAGGAAUGUGCUCAAUAUUUUCUGGAGGUCAAAGACAAGGAUAUAAAACAUGCUCUGGCUGGUCUCUUUGUUGAAAUUUUAGUUCCAGUAGCAGCAACAGUAAAAAAUGAAGUUAAUGUUCCAUGCCUGAAGAAUUUUGUUGAAAUGCUUUAUUCCCAGACUCUUGACAUGUGCACAAAAUCAAAACACCGUUUAGCUAUUUUCCCAUUGGUUACAUGUUUGCUGUGUGUCAGUCAGAAGAUAUUUUUUCUUCAAAACUGGCAUUAUUUUUUAGCCAUGUGCCUGUCUCAUUUGAAAAAUCGUGAUCCCAAGAUGUGUAGAGUUGCCCUUGAAUCACUGUACCGACUACUAUGGGUGUACAUGAUUAGAAUAAAAUGUGAAAGCAACUCAGCCACACAGUCCCGUCUUCAGAGUAUAGUUAAUUCUCUGUUUCCAAAGGGAUCAAAAGCUGUUGUUCCACGAGACACUCCACUAAAUAUUUUUGUAAAAAUUAUACAGUUCAUAGCACAGGAACGUUUGGAUUUUGCAAUGAGGGAAAUAGUCUUUGACUUACUCUCAGUUGGCAGACCAAUCAAAAUUAUUUUGACACCAGAAAGAAUGAGUAUUGGCCUUAGAGCGUUCUUGGUUGUUGCGGACAGCUUAGAACAAAAAGAAGGUGAACCACCAAUGCCCCGUACUAUGGGAGUCCUACCAUCUGGAAACACACUUCGUGUCAAAAAAACGUAUCUGAACAAGAUGCUAACUGAGGAUACUGCUCGAACAAUAGGAAUGUCUUCUUAUUUUCCACAUGUUCGACGAGUCUUUGUUGAUAUUCUACGUGCUCUUGAUGUUCAUUACGGUCGUCCGUUAAUGAUGACAAGUACUCAGAAUGUGAAUAAGGAACCUGAUGAGAUGAUCACAGGAGAACGCAAACCUCGCAUUGAUCUAUUUAGAACGUGCGUGGCAGCAGUUCCCCGCUUGAUUCCAGAUGGCAUGACAGGUGGUGAACUUGUUGAUUUGUUGUCAAGACUUACUGUGCACAUGGAUGAAGAGCUCCGAGGUCUAGCAUACCAAAGCCUUCAGACUUUGGUAUUAGCUUUUUCAGACUGGAGACAAGAUGUGAUAUACGGUUUUACACAGUUUCUUGCAAGAGAUGUUCAGGACACAUUUCCUCAGCUAAUGGACAAUGGCUUAAGAAUGCUCCUGCAGCUGCUAACAAGCUGGAAAAAUGCCCUGACACCAAACACACUAGCUCUGGUCCGCACUACAAAGGAAGGGUGUUCAGGAACUGAAGUAACACGGGUAGGAAUGCGUGAUUUAGGUGGUGGAGCAAAGAAGACAGAACAUGGGAAGGCAGAACCAGUAUCAAAUGUUUUCCACAUGGUAGAGGGCUUUGCAUUGGUGAUGCUGUGCAAUUGUCGUUUAUACCCAAGACGCUUGGCAGUACAUAUACUGAAAGAAGUGAAAGCAUUACUGAAGUGCCUUGGUUGUGCAGAUGAUGACCAGCCUGUGAUAGAUGUUAUUGAUCAAUGCUGCCCACAGGUUCUGGAAAAAUGCUUAAGUAUGCUACCUCCGGCAGAAAAGGCAGCAGCGCUCUCAAUAUCAAAUAUUGAUUUACAGUGGAUAGCAGAUCGUAAUUCUUGUGCAUGGACAGCAGGUUUACAGGAUGAAAAUAACAUUAAGGCAUCCUCAUUAAAUUUAAAUGGUGCUGAUCCAUGGGCUACAUGCUUAUUUGGGUUCAUGGAAAGAGGGCGUGUACUUACUACAUGUCCAACAGCUGUAAUGCAUUCAUGGCCAUUUGUGUUUGGAAGAGUCAAUACACUUUUCACAGUUAUAGACCCAACGCCUGUUAAUGAUAACCGAGCAUCUCUACUUCGUGGAUCGGCAACAGUAAAAAAACCUGUGAAUGAAAGAGAUAUGUACAUGCAUUUAUGGAAGAAUUAUGUGACAUUUGCUUUCCGCGUUGUUCCUCCUGUGCCAAGUCCUAUUGUCAGAUGUGCAUCUCCAGAUCUAAGCCUGAGCUCUUCCCCAGACAGUCUGACAAUGGAACGCAAUGAUAAUAAAUCUCCUGGGAGCAAUAUAUCUCCUGCCGCUCUUUAUAAGCUGGUAGUUCCUUUACUGCGAUGUGAAACACCUGAUGUGAGGGAUGCUGCAGUCCAUGCUCUAGGAAAAGUUAAUUCAGAUGCUCUGAAGGAUCUAAUGGAGGAAUUAUCUGUGUACAUAAGAGAGGCAGUGGAUAGAAAGCAGGAGAAUAUGAGAAGAAGACGGAGACGAGAUGCUCUUCGUUUGCAAUUAGUUAGAGUCCUUGAGCUUAUAGCUGAAUAUGGAACCUUUGGAAACUGUCAGUGGGUGCUAGAUCGUGAAACUCAGUCACUUCAUCCUACUUUUGUUGAAUAUGUUGAUGGAGCCCGACUAUAUUUGGAAAGUGAAGCAGACAAGGAUGUGCAAGCUGUCAAAGAUAUAAAAUUUCAUUUCUGCAACUUCAUAAGAAAAAUGAUAAAAAGUUUCUCAUUGGAGACAUGCCAGACUCUGCUCAAGAGGGAUCUCCGGCAAAAUCUGUUCAAUCUUUUUUCUGGCUGGAGUGGGCAUUUUGGUCGGCCACUAGCAUCACCAGGGCAGUCUCAAGAUGUAAGUGCAGGAUCCUCAUCCAGCACAGCAGAGGAGAAGCCAUGCUCAGAGCUGCAGCUGUCAGCCCUUCAAGCUAUGAGUGCACUUCUGUGUUGUGGCCCAUGCUUCAAUCCCGCUGGCCUAUCUGAAGAUGGAAUCUUCUAUCCCUGGCUGGAUUUGCUGCUGGCCUCCAGUGAUGACAAGAUCUACCAGCUGGCGCGGGAGACGGCAGUGCUGCUGCUGGAAUGCAACCCGGAUAUCGGCCCGCUGCUGGACUGGGUGGUCGACCGCUGCUACACGGGCAGCCCGCAGGUCGCCGACGGCUGCUUUCUCGCGCUCGCCACCAUCUUCAGUGCCAGGGAGUACCCAUGCGACCACUACACGGCUGUGAUCAACGUGACGUUGCUGAGCACGGGAUGUCCGCGGACCCACGUGCACGAGACGGCGCUACAGCUGCUGCAGAUCUUGGACCGGCGCUUCUUUGGUACCGUCGGUCCGCUACCGCCCGCAGAGGGCGACCUGCAGGGUGGCGCGGCAGACCGUGGCAGGGACACACUGGACCUGCUGCUGUCGACGACCUACUGCCGCUCGCAGAUGUACUUGUCCCGACAGUUGGCGCAGCUCCACCCCGAGCUCACUAUGCCCAUGUUCUCAGAGAUCACGCACAGGUUCCAGACGGCGCGGCCUGAAGUGCGGCAGCUGCUGCUGCAGUACCUGCUGCCAUGGCUGUACAAUAUGGAGCUCGUCGAUCCGAACGUGCCGCCGGCGAACCCACUCUCCUACUUCCAGUACUACGCAGCUGAGAUGAGCCGGCCCGGCAGCCGCCGCGAGGGCUGGGGCUCCGCGGAGGCCACAGAGAUGGUGCUCAACAAUCUCUUCUACAUCACCGCCAAGUUUGCCGACGUCCACCCGAAGGAGACUGAGGAGGUAUGGGCAACGCUUUGUUCCUGUUGGCCCAACAACCUCAAAGUCAUCAUUCGGUAUCUGAUCAUCGUAUCGGGAAUGGCGCCCAACGAGUUGCUGCCCUAUGCGAAGCGCGUGGCGCUGUACCUGGCGCGCGCGCGGCCGGAGCGGCUACUGGACGAGAUGAUGACGGAGCUGCAGACGGUGGAGACGCUGAACUGCCUGAUCGAGCGCACCGAGACGCCGCCCUUCUACCGCCUGACCAGCAUGCGCAAGGCCAGCUCGCACUCGGAGGGCGGUGGGGGUGCGGCUGGCGGCUCAGGGGGCGGCUCGGGCUCCUCUUCGUCGGACCCCGCGUCCUCGCGCUCCGACCUCGGCGUCGAGAAGGGCACCAUCCAUACCAAGCGCCACAGCGGCGAGGACCCCACCAAGACCGGCACUUCAAAGUCAGAUACUGCACUACGAGCACUGGCUGGCUUUCCAACACCUCGCACAGAGAAAACAAGGACUGCUAGUGGUCCACCAAUGGUUUCAGAUGACCUCUGCACACCAAGCACUGAACCCGAGUUAAUCGCCACAGAGGAUGGUUACUGUUUACGAACUGCACCAAUUGAUAGGUUUGACAUACCACAGCCACAUCCACUUCCAAUGCCAGAGUACGGAGGGUAUUUUGCUCCUCUUACAGAGUACCUGCCAGAUAGUUCACAGCCUAUUAGUGGAUUUCACAGGUGCAAUGUGGCUGUUAUGCUACUGGUGGAUGUUGUAGUAGAUGGUGUGGAUCUGGAUUGGUCAAUCCAUGUACCACUGAUGCUACAUAUCCUUUUCUUGGGAUUGGAUCACAGCAGACAACUUGUACAUGAGCACUGCCGUAUGCUGCUGCUAAACCUUUUGGUAGCUUUAGCAGAUCACUGUGACCAUUUGACUGUUGCUCACAUUCUUCUCAACUGUAAAACAGGACAACUUGGCUUGGGAUUGCCUACUCCUGCCCUUCCUGUUCUUUCACAUAUCUUCACAGAACCAAAUGCAGAAUUUGACAGUUAUCUUCACAGUCCUAUACCAACCAAUUUGCCAGGAACAGCAGCUACUCCUGCUGCCAGUGUAUCUACCCAUGGAGGGGAAUCAUCAAGUAAUGCUGCAUUGACUCAAGGUACAACACCACCAGUUAUUGUUACACCAGAAGAUGCAACAGCUUGGACAGGUCCACAACCAGGACCUAACAUGCCAAUACAGGAUGUCAUCAAGUCUCUUAUAGAAUUCAUAGCUUCCAGGCAUAAUCAGCCUCUUUGGAAUUAUGAAGAUAUUACUGCAAAAGUUUGGUCAGUGCGUAGUGUAGAACAGCUUGAUACUUUCCUGCAGCAUGUGCUAAGAGUAUUCAGAGAAUCACUACCACAUGCUUUGAUUAGUGAACGCUGGGCUCAAACAGCACUUCAACUUGGCUUAUCAUGUUCAUCAAGGCAUUAUGCUGGUCGUUCACUCCAGGUGUUUCGAGCUUUAAGGGUACCAAUUACAUCCCGUAUGCUGUCCGACAUUUUGUCUCGUUUGGUUGAAACUGUUGCAGAGCAAGGAGAGGAUAUGCAGGGAUAUGUAACAGAGCUACUACUCACAUUAGAGGCAGCUGUUGAUUCUCUUGAAUCAGAUUUCCGACCUCUUGACUUCAUGAAGGAAAUUUUUAAGUCAACACCAAAUCUGAAUAACAAGGAGUCCACUGUUGGAGUGACCACUGGUGGAAAACGUAGUCCUGGUGGAGUGGGUGUCUAUCAAGGGGGUGGAGGUCCUGUGGCACACCACACUGGUGCCAUAGGUCACACUCGUAGCACCAGCUACUCUGUCUCCUACUGCACUCGCAAAGCAACUGGAUCGCCAGCCACUGAUGGGAAAGAUAUAAGAGGCCGAGCAUCAUCAGAACUCGAAGCUCGCUCUGGCUGCAGCCUCAAUAAAUAUUCCACAAACCUUUCAAGAUCUCGUUCUGCUCAGUCUCUAAAGCUCCUCGGUGAUACUGCUACUCAGGAUGACAAGAUGACCAUAUUGGCACAACUUUUCUGGCUUUCUGUAUCUCUUUUGGAAUCUGACUAUGAACAUGAAUUUCUACUCGCUUUGCGGUUGCUAAGUCGUGUGCUCCAUCGUUUACCACUAGAUAGGCCAGACGCCCGUGAUAAAGUUGAAAAAUUGCAAGCUCAGCUCAAAUGGCCUGCCUUUCCAGGAGUUCAUGCUCUCUUGUUGAAGGGCUGCACAAACCCAAACACAUAUGAGCCAGUUGUGACUCUGUUGUCACAGUUUACACAGCUUUUAGAUUUGCCUGUUGUUGAUCCAACUCAAAGCUUAGCAUUCCCUAUGAAUGUUAUGGCCUUGUUACCAUACAUGUUACUGCAUUAUGAAGAUACAAAUGACUUGUGCAUUAGAAGUGCAGAAAAUAUAGCUCAGGUUAGCACAGAAAAAAGUAAAAAACUCGAGAAUUUGGGCACUGUAAUGACUCUUUAUAGUCGCCGGACAUUCAGCAAGGAAAGUUUUCAGUGGACAAAGUGUGUGGUCAAAUACCUCUACGAUACUUACGGGCAUCUUAGCCUCUCUAUGCUGUCAUUUCUUGUUGAGGUACUGGAAAAAGGACCAGCUAUUAUACAGUUACCUAUAUUAGGUAUUAUUCACUGCAUGCUGCAUUAUGUGGAUUUAGCAUCAGCUGCUGUGCAGCUAAUUAAUGCUGACCUGCUAAGAGUAAUUGCAAAGUAUAUAGAGGGUCCUCACUAUAAGGAAGCACUCAAGAUUCUCAAGUUGGUUGUCACACGUUCCUCAACACUUGUUGCACCUCCUACAGCUCUGCAUCCUCCUCACUGGGAAAAUAGUGCUAAUUCACCACACCCUUCUUUUGCAGACGGCGAAAUAUUCACAAAAAAAGAACUGCCAGGCAGAACAAUGGAGUUCACAUUUGAUUUGUCUCAGACUCCAAUCAUAGGACGUAGAUUUCUAACGAAGAUUGAGGAAAAAAAUAGUCAGGGAGAAGGAGCAGCAUCAUCACCACGUCGCUCUGUGUCACUAUCUCCUGCAGAUAAUACAGGGGUAGCUGGCUGGAAGAGACCCUGGAUGUCACAGAGUCGUGUGAGGGAGUGUCUCGUGAACCUACUUACAACAUGUGGUCAGCGAGUUGGAUUGCCAAAAAGUCCUUCUGUGAUCUUCAGCCAGAGCUCAGAUCUCAUGGAACGACAGUCCAGCAUGGCAUCCUCAACUGAAGAAGUUUCGGGUCCAAAUAAUGAUCUGUCUGUGGGCUCACGUAGAGAUGAAGGGGCCACUGAUCAAUUCAAAGUUUUUAAGGAUUUUGAUUUCCUGGAAUAUGAAAGUGAAAGUGUUGAAGGUGAAAGUACAGAUAAUUUCAACUGGGGUGUCAGAAGAAGACCAGUGAUUGAUGGUGAAACAGAGAGAGACCAUAGUCUUCAGCAGAGUAUUAGUGACAGAACACCUGUACCCAGUAAAAAGAUGAGAGGAGUUGCUGAAGAAUCAUCAGAUGAUGAAGUUGGAUCUGAAUCUCCACUGGAUGAAGUUGCUGUGGCACCUGAAUUUGGAAAUACAGCAGCAAGUGGCAGUGGUGCUUUUCCUCCAGGUUCACUUAUUCUGCGCGAGCGUCGUGAACGUCAUGAUUCUGGAACUCGUUCAGAUACUUCUGGUUCAAGUGCUGGUGACCUAGGGGAUGUGACACCAUGUAAUGCAUCACCAAACUUGUCAGCAAUGACAUUUCGCAAUAUAAUUAGGGAUGACUCGGAAGAAACAUGGAGACUGCAAAUUCAGAGUUUGCUAAAUCAGUUUCCUGUGCCACCUCUUGAAUUGUUUCAGCUUCUCCAGAGACUCAUUAAGGAUGUGAGCAACAGAGCGGUUUCUAUGACACAAGAAGCAUGCCGUUACUUAUCCUCGGAAGGUGCUAUUGGCCCAUGUGCUGUUCUGGGUAUGCGGCUGCAAGCUCUAUCUGAUCUUCUAGCAGCACACGUAGAACUACCUCACGUAUGGAUUGGUCCAGCUGCAUUUAGCACCACUAGAACCAGUGAAACCUUACGAUUUGGCAUGCUUGAAAUCCAAGAACACUGGGAAACAUUCCUUGACAGAAAAGAUCAUGCUACUGAGUGUAUUGAUGCAGUUAAGACUACAUUCAAGUUGCAUAUGCUUGGUGAGAGCCAGACAGACCUGUCAAAUGAAGAUAUAAUGAUCCUUGAUAUGGGCCGUGCUCUGUAUAAGCUUCAUUUCCAGCUGAGACUUUUGAUUGAAGCUUCCCAUAAGAUGGUUACUGUUCUGACCACAGCUGCAAAAAGCAAUCAGUUGCAGGAUGUAUCAACUGAAGUUUUAGCUAUUCGAGCAGGGCUCUUACGUGUCCUUGAGGAGGGCGGUGAGUCAGAUCAUGGUACACCAACACCAACACCAUCUCCUGUACUUGGUUCCAGUAGUGAAGAUGCAGAAGCUACACUGCUGGAGCUAUUACGCUUAGAGAAGUGGGGUGCUGCUCUUUGCCAUGCAAGGCAGUACAGAGGAGCAUGGUCAGGUGACAUUUUUUCUUCCAUGCAAGACGAUGAUGACAUGUCAAUAAUUUUGAAUGUGUACUUCAAACAUCUUUCCCAUGAGAAACCAGAUGCAUUUGUAGUGACAAGGAGUGAACAAGAUAUGAAUGAUGCAUUUAGUCGUCUAAUGGAAAGCUUAUACCUGGUGCUAAAGGCUGUUAAUGGCCUAGAGAAUCAGCUGAAGGAUCACAGUGAUGUAACACUUCGCAAGACUGAAUGUUGAUGCAAGACUGUUUUGGCAAUACAUCUCUUAAUGCAAAUUAUUUAUAAUGUCUUAACUUAUUCAUCUUAUUUGUGUGACAUUUGCUGUAAUUAAGUUUUAGCUUAAGUCCUAGUUCCAAUUCUUAUUUAUUAUUUUUUGCAAAUCGUUUUACACCAAAGAAUUUGAUAUUGUCUAACACUGAAGUCACAAACGCUUUCUAAUAAUUGUAGUAGCAACUGAGUCAUAUAGAAAUUUGUCUAGGUUCCAACUGAAAGUAAAGAUGUUGCAACAGUGCA